UGGUGGCCCCCAAUCCAGGCUAGGCCCCUGUGCCCACAGAACCCGCCUUCCCAGGCCAAUAACUUCCCCAAUCAAGGCACUGACCUUUCAGUGUGUCCAGCCCAGAAAGGCUGAGCAGGGUCAGCUUUAACUUCUGACUCCCUCUCCGCAGAGGCCUCCCGAUUCUCUUCUCCUCCACCAACAGGGACAGGGUGGGUGGCAUGGCGUGGGAAGGCCUGCGCCUGCUCAUGCACCCUGUGGCCCUGGUGCUGCUGGUCCCAGGCUCCUGGGGACUGACGGUCACACCUGAGGAGCUUCGUGAAGUGGUGGGAGGGACCCUGUUGGUGCAGUGCUGGUCCUCGCCCCAGGAAGGGCCCUACGUGCAGAAGACCUGGUGUCGGCAGAGGUCUCCUGGCAGGUGCACCAGGCUGGUCACCACCUCCCAGCCUCUGACAGCCGUUGAGAAUGCUCAACACACAAUCUGGGACCACCCCAAGGCUGGCUUCUUCAUCGUCACCAUGACUCAGUUGAGGGAGGAAGACUUGGGCGUCUACUUGUGUGGAAGCUUCAACUCGUCCCAGAACCUGAUCAACACCUUCAGAAACAUCACCCUGGUGCUGUCUCCAGCCUCAGUCUCCUCUGUGGGGACUAUAACCUGGCUCCCAACAAUGACAGCUCUGAUCACUUCUCCGGAGGGAACCUCCAGCCCUUCCGUCAAUGGCUCUGAGCAGGGGGAGAGGAGACCCAAGAAUUCUCCUCCUGCAGAGGAGUUCCCAAGACCCAGAUGCACAGUUGGUAGAGAGGAAUGGAGAGAAGGCGGCAGGUCAUUAACUUUGGGGAAACUGCAGAAAUGACAGUUAAACAUGGAUUUCUGGAACGAGAUAAAAUGAACCCCCUCAAAGCGGGAACUGGAGGCUGUGUUGGUAUGUGUCGAUGGUGGAUACGGACAGUGGCUACAUCCUGGGGGGCAGUGGUGGCUGGACAUAUCAGCUAGCAAAAGGUGAAAAGAUCAUUUUAAAACUCUGCUCUUGACCCUUGCCCUCAGGGUUAUUGAGGCUACCAUGGGCGUCCCUUCACUGAGAUAUAGGCUGUCACAGCCCUCAGGUGCCCUGGUGGACCUUGAGGCACAGCAAAAGCAUAAGAGAUUGAUGGAAAUAGAUAAUCAAUCACCUGUAAACACUGACUCCCUAGCCCUCUCCUCCUCCUCGGAACUCCAAGACAGAAGGAUAAUGAAUUAAGAUGCAUCGCUUAGCGAGUUCAAAGGUGAAACCCUAACCAGAGGGCAAGAAUAGCAGCAAACGGGUGCCCGAGGCCCUGUGUUCUGGGGCUUAGCACUUUUGAAACUCACCAGGCUAAAGGAUUUAGCUUUCAGUUCUCUGCCAGGCUGAAUAUCUGAGAACCCCCAAAGAAUCUUAAUUCACAAGCCAAAAUAAUUUGUCAGUUGAGAAGAACUACUACUUUACAAGAGGGUGAACACAAAUAAAACCCAUCCAAAGCACAACCGCAGGAACCAACAAUACAACGACUCUCAGUAAAUAUGAUCAGUCCACCUCAAGGGGUAGGAGAAGACAUAAACUGCAAAUCAAGAACAAAAACCAUCAAAAAAAGCUAAAUGGCAAUACUAUUCUGGAGAGUGAGUUGGAGUUGGGGUUGAGUUGGAGUUGGAGAAAAGUUGAGGAAUUUUCACAGAAAGUUUUUGGAAAGGAUGGGAAGAUUUGAAAAAAAUAAUCAAAGAGAAGUUAAGAGACAUGAAGGAGAAAAAUAGACGUACUAACAUGUAGGCAUUAAGCACUGUGAGUAGUGUCUAAGAGUAACACAAUAAAAAGUAGAUCUGUGAGUAAGACAAGAUGGAAAGGGAGAAAUAUUUGAAGAAAGAAUGAAUAUAAAUUUCUCAGAAUCAUAGAAAAAGGAGAGAUCUGAGAUUGAAAGGAGGAGACAUGCCCACAGACAGACGCACACACCUCUAGAUGCAUUAUGUGAAAUGGGAGAGCAUCAAAACCAGAAAAUUCUGAAGGCAUUCAGAUCACCAACAAAGGAACAAGCAUUAGAUUCACAUCAGACUUCCUAAGAGGAAAACUGGAUGUAAGAAGACCAUUGAGUAAUGUUUUUUAAAUAUCGAAGAAAGAACAUUGGAUUUAGGAUUUUGCAUCCAGCCAAACCGUCAUUCCAGUGUGAAGUCAGAAACUUCGGGACUUCCACCAUCUGUGAAGGUUUGCCACACACAAAGAUCCCCACUGAAAACGCUCUCGGAGGAAGUACUCUAAAAUUUAGACAAGAACCCAAAUCCAGAGAUGCCACAAGAGGUGACGAAGUGUGACCAAGCACAUUGGUAAAGUUCCUUCCUUCCCUCCCUGCCUCCUUUCUCGCCCUUAAAGAAGGCAACGAGAACCAAAAUAAAGAGGAAGGGAAACUACAUCCGUGACAACUAAAAAUACCAUUCCCGACAAGGUUGACAUGGGGUGAGGCAGAGAGACCAGGAGGUCCCGGGAGGACGUUACCUACUUGUCUCAGGAGAGGCAAAAUGUAGAGAUAGUCACAAGUUCAAGGUUGCAAUCGGAGAAUGUUGACCCUUCAAACCAGCAAAAUGACACUCUAUCCAAAGGAAAGUAGAAAAUCAACUUUAAAAAAAAAAUCACACUAAAUGGAAAAACAAUGAAAUAAGAAGGCAGAAAUAUGUUCUAAUAUAAAUGUAAGUGGGUUAAACUUACAAAAUAAGGACACAGACUGUCAGGCUCUUGAAUUAAAAAAAAAAUCCCGCUAAUAUAUUAUCUGUAAGACAUAUACUUACAAAAGAAAAGAUUCUAAAAGCUUUUAAAAAGUUGGCUUACAUGAAAUAAAAUAUUGUGGUAAUAUUAAUUAUAAUAUUAAUAUUAAUGAAAAUAGAAUUUAAGGUAAAAUAUUACGAUACAAAGAUAUAUAGCAUAUACUUAUUACUAUAUAUUACUAUAUACACAUAUAACAUUUCUGCAUAUGAUUAAAGAUACAAAUAAACAACAAAGAGAAGAAAAAAGAAAAUAACUACACAGUCUACAAAGAUAUUUUAAUGAAUAAAUUCUUGUUUAAAAUCCUAGGAGCAGACAGAUUUCUAAGUUAUAAUAGUCUAAGGGUAACACAAUAAAAAGUAGAUUUGAGUAGAUUAGUACAUAUGAAAAAAAUCUGAAACGUUAGAUAAAUAGUCUUCAAAGAAAAUUUGAGAUGAUUUCGUAGAUAUCACCAGACUUUUAAGAAACACUUGAUUUAUAUUUUAUACAAGAUGUUGCAGAAAAUAGAAAAGAAGCCAAGCCUGCUCAGAACAUUUGAAGAUGCUAGUGUCAUCUUAAUAUUAAAACUGGUUACAGGAAAUAGAAGAAAUCAAACUAUCUGUUCACCAUGAACAUACAAUCAAAAUCAAGAUAAUCAUUGCUGAGUGAAUUCAAUAGUGUAACGAAAAAGAAUAUGUGGAUUAUGAUCAGGAGGGGUUUAUUCCAGGACUGAAAGGAUUGUUCAACUUUAGAAAAUCUAUCAAUGUAAAUGAACCAAAUUAGUAAACUCUAGGGAAAAGAUCAACUAAUGUUGAAAAGGCCUUAGGAAAGGUUCAACAUAUUCUUUUUUUGGAGGCGGGUACUGGGGACUGAACUUAGGGGCACUCAAACACUGAACCACAGCCCCAGCCUUAUUUUGCAUUUUAUUUAGAGACAGGGUCUCACUGAGUUGCUUAGCACCUUGCCUUUGCUGAGGCUGGCUUUGAACCUGCGAUCCUCCUGCCUCAGCCUCCGAGCCACUGGGAUUACAGGUAUGUGUCACUGUGCCAGGCUGAAAAGGGUUCAACAUAUUCUUGAGGAAAACUCUUAAUUAAAUAGAAAUAGGAAGAUAAAACUUGGUCAUUGUAUUUUAUGACUAUAAUAAAUGUUACUGAGUAGAGAAAGUAUAAAUGCAAAUAAAGGAUUUUUAUAGAUGCCACUAAUGUUUAGUAUAGUAUUAGAGGUCCUGGCCACUGCUCCCAGGAAAGGAGGAUAGGUAAGAGGAAAGAAGAUUAGAGAAGUGUCAAAACUGUCAAAUAUGCAGAUAGAUGAUGAAAUCGUCUAACCUAGAAAUAGGGAGAAUCAAUAAACUAUUAGAUUUCAUGAAAGAGGCUGCCAGACAUAGUAAGACCAACUGACCCAAAUCAAAAGUAAUUCUAAGAAAAAAAAAUCUUAGAAAAAAAUCUAAUCAAAAUAAGAUACUAGCUGGUGCAGUGAUACAUACCAUAAUCCCAGCUGUUUGGAAGGCCAAGGCAGGAGCAUCACAGGUUAAAAGCCAGCCUCAGCAAUUUAAUGAGGCCCUAAGCUACUUAAUGAGACCCUAUCUCAAAAUUAAAAAAAAAAAGGCUGGGGAUGUAGCUCAGUGGUUAAGCAAGACCCUUGGGUUCAAUCCCUGGUACCAAAAAAAAAAAAAAAAAGAUCUAUUCAUUUCAGAAAUAAAAGCUUUAAACUUUCUAUAGAGAAUUAAUUUAACCAAGGUCUCUUUGGGGAACAAUCUUUGAUUGCUAAUAAAUGAUGUGGGUGAUCUGAGUGAAGAGAAAUAAUGCAUGAUCUUGAAUGAGACAAUAAUAUUACAAAGAUUUCUAUUUCUUGCAAAUUAAAAAAGUCCAUAAGUGUGACUCCAAACUCAACUUUAGUUUAAUUUUUAAAAAGAACUUGAUAAAUUUUCUCUAAAAUUAUACAGAAACAUAAAGAUACAGGACUUGCUAAGUCUACCAUGAAAAUGCAAAAAUGGAGAACAGGCUCUAUCCUACAAAAUAUUGUGAUACUAUUAAUAGCAGCACAGUGCUUGGGUCAGAACUGAUAAAUGGCUAAAGAAUUCCAGACAGAUCUGCCUAUAUAAAGGGAACAUACUUAAAAUAAGGAGGUGAUACAAACCAAUGGAGCAAAGGGCCCAUUAUUUGGAAAACAUCCUUGAAAUAACUGGCAAAAUCUAUUUGAAAAUGAAAAAAAUGAACAAAAAAGUAGAUUCCUACCCAUAUACAAAGACGAACUCUGGAUGGAUUCCAGUUGCAUAUACAUGAAAAGUGAAAUGAUUAAGUUAAUAGAAAAAAAAUACUACAGAUGAAUAUUUGGGUGAUCUAGAGGUGAGGAAGGACUUCUAUACAAAGCUUUAAAUCACUACCCAAUAUAUACAUGAAUCAAAAUAUCACAUUGUACUUCAUAAAUGUGUACAACUAUUACAUGUCAAUCAAAAAAUAAAAAUAAAAAAUUGGGAUCUAGGAAAAAAUAAUUAAAAGCACAAACUAUAAGGCAAAAAUGAGGAAUCAAUUAUUCAAUGGAAAAACAUCGUGAGAAAACUUCUCAAGCAGAUAACAGACUGGGAAAAAUAUUAAUUAAAAAUGUCUCAAACGAAUGUGGUAAUAGUGUCUAUAAUAUACAAAGACGGGCAUCCCCAAGGAAAAUGGCUAAGCACAUUAAAGGCAUUUAUUAAAGAGGGAACGGCAGUAGGCAUACAGUGAUGCCCACACUUGUUAAAACAUUCAAGAAACGUCAACCAGAACUUGCCAUCUUGCACCUUUCAACUGGCAAAGUAAGGACCCUGUGAAGUACUGGGUGUUGCAAGAGAUGUGGCCCCAGGAAGGCUGAGGCCGUGCUGCGAAGUGGAAGUGCUCCUGUCUCCCAGGCAGCCCCACCCAGGCCAGGGCGGAUGCAGAGCAUCUCUGAGAUCAGGCAAAAUAUCACAGCUGAGGAAAUGAGACUGUUUACAGGGCCUGACCAGCCACUUAGGAUCAGAGAUAAGGCAACGACUCAGGCCCCCUGAUGUCUGGGUCCCAAGAGUCCCUCUCCAUGGACCCUGCACUGGUACAUGAGCUCUGAUUCUGGGGCCUGCCUCCUCCCAGCGGUCUGCCUUUGUGGUCUGGCCACAUUGCCUCUUGUUUCUGGGCCCUCCUAUUGGCCCUGUCUGUCUGACCUGGUUAGGGAGCCUGCCCGCUCCCCUGGCUCUCUGGAUCCCAGCAGCUGAGCUUUGACACCUGGCUCUUCUCUUUCCUUCCAUCCAAUAAGCCUGGGUUUCCUGUGACCAGGGCUCCUCUGCAGCUCAGAGACCCCUGUGGCCCCUGUCUGCACCCAUGAGUCCUUUGUUCCUUCACAGUGAGUUCAGGGUGGAUCCCUAUGCACCUAAUUAGGCUCUAGCCACAGGGAUCCUAGCUCAGGGACAGAGGGACAAGGACGCCCUGCCCAUGUUCUCUCCUCCUUCC